AUGGCGAAAACAGCGAAGUCAAAGAAUGCAACAGCAAACCCCAGGUCUCGAGCCUCGAAAAGAGCGACUUCCCCCUCCAUCGACGUCGACAAGUCUAUAAAGCAGGCGCCUCGUGCCUCGGAUGCCACGCCUAUACUGGCCGCCCGCCCCAACGGCGGGAUUACAAAAUCCAAGAAGAAACAAAAGCCCUUGACAAGGGGACAGAGACGUAGACAAGAACGAGGACUCGCAAGGGCGGAAGUCGUUCAAGACCAGAUGUCGAAAAAGGUCGAAGAUGCUGCAGGGCGGCUGAAGAAGAGGCGGGAGCGGAAGGGGAUGUGGGAUGAGGUGAACGGCAGCGUGAAUAAAUUCGAGCAGCUAAAGAGUCUUGGUGAUGAAGUGAACGAAGAAGAGAAAGACGAAUGGGAAGAUAUGGAAGAAGUGGAUGAGAGUGCUGAUAACCUGCCUGAGGCUGCCGAUACCCAUCUGCUCACGGUCGACCGAACUGCACACACGCUGCCCGCCGCGCCGACGGCCGUUGAGGACGAUGAAAUCGACAAGAUAACAUGA